AUGUUGAGAGACAGCCUUAGAGGACAAACACAGAAACAUCAAAACCACAACAAAAAAUUUGUAAGCAUCAAUAUCUCACCUUCACCAACAUCUAGUGGUCUAAGGUCUCGAGAUGAUCUGAGUCAUCGGCCGGAAUCAUUUCACAUAAUAGAAACGGGUGUGCCGAGGAGUGACUCGGCCGAGGAAAAACUAUCUUGGCUACGUACUCAGAUUAUUGGCAGCAAUUCGGAGUUUGAUACACCUUUUGGAAAACGCAAGCUCACCUAUGCUGAUCACACAGCUUCCGGCCGGUGCCUUCUCUAUGUGGAAGACUACAUAAUCAAUCAUGUUCUUCCAUUCUAUGGUAAUAGUCACACUUGUGACAGCUACGUGGGUCACCAGACAACAAAAACAGUGCAUGAAGCAACCGAGUACGUCAAGAAAUGCUUAGGUGGCAGUGGAAAUGAUGCUCUAAUAUUUUGUGGCUCAGGUACAACCGCCGCUAUUAAACGGCUCCAAGAAGUCAUGGGAAUUUCCAUCCCAUCCACAUUGAGGGAUAGGGUGUUGAAUAUCCUAAGCAAAGAAGAGAGAUGGGUAGUUUUUGUUGGGCCACAUGAGCACCACUCCAACAUCCUCUCUUGGCGGCAAAGCUUGGCAGAGGUGAUAGAGAUUGGUUUGGAUGAAAAUGGCUUGCUAGACAUGGAAGCUUUAAGAUUCCAACUUGACUUCUAUCGGGGCAAAGACCAGCCGAUGUUGGGUUCUUUUUCAGCUUGCAGUAAUGUCACCGGAAUUUACUCCGACACACGAGCUCUUGCCCGCCUUCUUCACGAAUAUGGAUGUUUUACAUGCUUUGAUUUUGCAGCAAGUUCCCCUUAUGUGGAGAUCGACAUGAGAUCGGGGGAGAUUGAUGGUUAUGAUGCCAUUUUCCUUGGUCCUCAUAAGUUUCUCGGAGGCCCAGGGUCCCCAGGCAUCCUUCUGAUGAGCAAGGCACUAUAUCAGCUGAAGUCUUCGCCUCCAUCAACCUGUGGAGGAGGAAUAGUUAAUUUUGUCAAUGGUUUCAAUGCAAAGGCAGUAGAGGAAAGAGAAGAGGCUGGAACUCCACCAAUCAUCCAGAAAAUUAGAGCAGCAUUGGCAUUUUGGAUAAAGGAAUACGUUGGUUAUGAAGUGAUUAGAAGGCAAGAGAACAACUACAUUGAACGAGCACUAGCAAGGCUUCUUCCUAAUCCAAACAUACAUGUUUUAGGAAAUACAAGUGCAGAACGACAAGCUAUCGUAUCUUUCCUCGUUUACUCGACUACCAAUUCUCCAUCAGUUGACGUGAUUACUGAGGAUAAUAUAGAUGGAAAAGAGACAGGAGGACUUUACCUAUGGAGAGAGACGGGUCAAAACAUAGACAAGCCUCUCCAAGGGGCUUUUGUUGCAAAGCUCCUCAAUGACCUCUUCGGCAUCCAGGCUCGAGGUGGAUGUGCUUGUGCAGGACCCUAUGGUCACAGUUUGCUCAAUAUUGAUAAUCAACGCUCGCUUGCCCACAGAUCCGCAAUCCAAAUGGGCUAUGUUGGAGUGAAGCCGGGAUGGACAAGAAUAAGCUUCCCCUACUACAUGUCCAAUGAAGAAUUUGAGUUCAUUCUAGCUGCACUGGAAUUCAUAGCCACAUAUGGCCAACGGUUCCUGCCCUUGUACCACUUCAAUUGGAAAACUAGUGCCUGGACAUUUAAGAAGAUAAUCAAGGAGACUGUGCAAGAGAACAAUACCGAUAACAAUUUUUAUGUUUCACUCAUGGCCAGCGUGAUGCAAGUGUUAGACCAAGAAUGCAAUGAACUAAAAAAACACAAAAAUGCAGAUAUCAAUGAUGUUGGGGUGGUCUGUAAGUAUGCAGUGUAUCUGGAGACUGCCAAGCGCAUUGCAAGCUUCCUCCCAAAAUUCCCGCCUCGACGUAGAAUUCCAAAAGGCAUAAACCCUGACAUACUAUUCUUCAGAGUCUAG